AUGUACAAAAUCAUAUUCCUUCUGUCCACCAUUUCAUUGGUUGCUGCGAAGCCUAGCGUUGCUCCAAUUGCUCUGGCUGCACCUGCCCCAGUUGUAGCUGCUGCAGCCCCAUUGGUUGCCGCUCCUGCUCCUUUUGUCACCGCAUCAAGCUCCCAAUACAUCUCAAGAAACUACAAUGGUCUCGUCGCUGCUGCAGCGCCUUUAGUUGCCGCGCCUGCAGUCGCCGCUCCAUUGGUAGCAGCGCCGGCACCUUUAGUAGCUCCAGCUGCUAAAUAUGUCGCACCAGUUGCAGCCCCAUAUGUCGCCGCAGCACCUGCUCCAUACGUUGCAGCACCAGCACCAUAUCUCGCACCAGCAGCCCGAUUAGCAGCACCUGCUCCUAUACUCUCCCCUUAUGCUCGUUACGCUGAGCCCUUCGUCGCCCCAGCUCCAUACUUCGCUCCUUCUGCCCCUUUUGUUGCCCUAAAAUAA